AUGUGCCCGGAGCUUGUGCCUGCUGCACAUGCAUCAGAGCAGCAGCAGAGCACACAGGGCGGGGUGCUGGCGAGCAGCGUUGUGGACUACAGUGAGCCGGGGCCCCUGACUGCGGCGAUGCUGCCAGAGCUUGAGCACACAUGCACCCGAUGCUUCCCCGCCUGCCUAGGGAACCGCUGCAUGCUCAGCCUAAAUGUUGUCUAUCCGAGGGACGGCAAGGCGCACGGCCUGCAACCGCCGUAUCCUCUUGCGGUCAUCAGCAGUGGCUUCCUAACAUCAGCCUCUAGUUACCUCUCGUAUGCUCGGCGGCUUGCAUCCUGGGGGUACACAGUAGUGAUGUACGACAAAGUUGAGAGUGCGACGGAGCCGUUGGACGAUAGGUUGUGCGUGGAGCUGAUACGGGAGAUCAUAGACUGGGCCAGAAUCGACCCCAUUGUGUCGCAACUCGCGGACACUGACACCACGUACCUUUGUGGCCAUUCCAGGGGCGGGAAGGUGAGUGCGCUGGCGGCUGUUGUGGAUCCGCGCGUGAAGGCUGUGUGCCUGCUGGACCCAGUGGAUGUCACGGUAUGCGCGCCUCAGGGGCCGGACUUCCCCUCAGCGGUGGCGGCCGUCAGGCACAUGUCCCGAGGCGUUCCUCUUGCCGUCGUCGGCAGCGGCCGCGCCGGUGACUGCGUGCCCAAGGACUCCAACUAUAGGCGCUACUUCAAUGCGUGCCAAGGACCUGCUUGGGAGGUCGUGCUGGCGUCUGCCGGUCAUUUCCAGUUUCUGGACGAGCAGUCCAUGCUGCAGCGGGCGGUGUGCGCAGUCGGGCCAGUAGACGAUCAGUCUGUGCGCAGAGUGGCGCAGACGGUGAUGGUGGCCUGGGGAGAGAUAAUGGUGAAAAGGAGGCCCCCAAGCGGCUGGUUACCAGCCUCAUCAAAUUCCCUGACAGUUGGAGACCUUGUAGCCAGUGUGCCCGAAGAGAGUGCAGCUACGCGCCAGGCUGUGCUGGCCGCGCAAGAAACAAUUGUGAGGGAUGGGAGCAGAGUGGCACUCACAACAAGAAGCAAAAACAUCUGAACUCGCCGUGCUGAUUUUUAAAUAGAGAUCCGUUGUGGUUGGUGCUAUGCUUUGCCACACCUCAUAGCAGCAUUGCAGAGCUGGCAUGCUUGCACCCAUAUUCCAAUAAACCAAGAGGUGAAAUGAUUUGCAGGUCAGAUUCCAUGCCACCAGUACUGGGCUGUUGACCUUUCCAGUGGAGUCUUGUGCGGUUGAUUUUUUGUUGUCACAGACUAGUGUGAUAGGCAUUCACAAGCUCUUUACCUGAUAUUGUGAGCCAGUCAGGGCCCUACGAGACUUUUUCAUCAUGCCUAGUAAUUUUGACAGGCAAGUAAAAUCUUUGGAG